CUUAUUGUAAAGUGCGAAAUUUGCAACAAAAUUUGUACUACCAUUUUGCGUUGGAUUUUUCGCAAUCCGUUAGUCACUAACUAAGCUAAAACAGCGCCCGGAGCGUGCGGGAAUCAGUCGGCAGCCGUGUAAAUAGUCCAAAAGUGCGUGGGAAAGCGAAAAACAAGGCGGAAUGCCGCUUGUGCAAAAGCCACACUCACUCGCAUUCAUAUUACGACGCAACCACGAAGCAGUGCAGCUAAAGAGGCGGCAAAAACGGGAAGAAGAGGCAGCGCGCAGAAUGUGAAUCGGAAACAGAAUCAGAAAACAGAAGUUUUUUGACUUUUUGGCAAUAUUUGAUUUUCGCUUGCGAAUAUUAAAUAGAAAAAGGAGUUUAAAGUUGGAGUCGUUCGACGAUAUUUAUCCUUUUCUGAUCACGCGGUUUUUCGGAAGCGUAAAAUAAUCAGGCAUCGAAACUAUUUAGUGUUCCCAUUUUGAAGUUCUUUCUUCCCCUAUACGUGCUUAAGUCGUGCUAAAAAAAAAAUUAACAAAGGAAUCAAAUGCAUAUAUUAGAUAUACAACAACAAAAAACCAAAGUGUAAUUAAAGGAAUAAGUGAAAAAGAGAGGAAAUUAACAUCGCGCUCAACUUUAAAACUUAAAAUUGGUAGCAACAACAACACCACGCUCGUGAGAAAGAGACGGAGCUAGAGAGCGCGAGCGCAGCUCCUUUGGCCUUCUCCUUUUGUUCUUGUUAUUUUUGUUGUCUUAGUGUAGUUGUUGUUGUUGUUGUUGCUGCGGCUGCUUGAAAAUCGACGCAAACUGUUCAACUGUCAUGGCCGGUAAUGGAGAGGCGUCCUGGUGCUUCUCACAGAUUAAAGGCGCCCUAGACGAUGAUGUCACGGAUGCGGACAUCAUAUCCUGCGUGGAAUUCAAUCACGAUGGCGAACUGCUGGCCACUGGUGACAAGGGCGGUCGCGUCGUCAUCUUUCAGCGUGACCCUGCCUCGAAAGCCGCCAAUCCGCGACGCGGCGAAUACAAUGUCUAUUCGACAUUCCAAUCGCACGAGCCCGAAUUCGAUUACCUCAAGUCGCUGGAGAUUGAGGAGAAGAUCAACAAGAUUCGGUGGCUGCAACAGAAGAACCCCGUGCACUUUCUGCUCUCGACCAACGAUAAGACGGUCAAGUUGUGGAAGGUCAGUGAGCGCGACAAGUCGUUCGAGGGCUACAACACGAAGGAGGAGAACGGCCUGAUCCGCGAUCCACAGAACGUGACGGCCCUGCGGGUCCCAUCCGUAAAGCAAAUACCGCUGCUGGUGGAGGCCUCUCCACGGCGCACCUUCGCCAAUGCACACACCUAUCACAUCAAUUCAAUUAGCGUUAAUUCGGAUCAGGAAACCUUCUUGUCGGCCGACGACCUGCGCAUCAAUCUAUGGCACUUGGAGGUGGUUAACCAGAGCUACAACAUCGUCGACAUCAAACCAACCAACAUGGAGGAGCUAACGGAGGUGAUCACGGCGGCCGAAUUCCAUCCGACCGAGUGCAAUGUGUUCGUGUACUCGAGCUCCAAGGGCACAAUACGAUUAUGUGAUAUGCGAUCGGCGGCGCUAUGCGACCGGCACAGCAAACAGUUCGAGGAGCCCGAGAACCCAACGAAUCGCAGCUUCUUUAGCGAAAUAAUCAGCUCCAUCAGCGAUGUGAAGCUGAGCAACUCGGGUCGCUACAUGAUCUCCAGGGAUUACUUGAGCAUCAAAGUGUGGGAUCUGCACAUGGAAACUAAGCCCAUUGAGACCUAUCCGGUCCAUGAAUACCUGCGCGCCAAGCUGUGCUCCCUGUAUGAGAACGAUUGUAUCUUCGACAAGUUUGAGUGCUGUUGGAACGGCAAGGACAGCUCAAUAAUGACCGGGAGCUACAACAACUUCUUCCGCGUGUUCGACCGCAAUUCGAAAAAGGAUGUGACGCUGGAGGCGUCCAGGGAUAUCAUUAAGCCGAAGACGGUGCUGAAGCCACGGAAAGUUUGCACUGGAGGCAAACGGAAGAAGGACGAGAUAAGCGUGGACUGCCUCGACUUUAACAAGAAGAUCCUGCACACCGCCUGGCACCCGGAAGAAAAUAUCAUCGCCGUGGCUGCGACCAAUAACCUAUUCAUAUUUCAGGAUAAAUUUUAGCCAACACUCUUCACAAGAACCACACCAUACGCCACAAUCACAGCAACUUUAACUACAGAAACACCAACAACUACGAACACGCCUCAUUCUAUUGUUAAUUCAAUCGGUUUGUUUCAGAAGCGUUUUCAAAUUUCACUCGCAAUUCGAUUGUUUGCCUAACACCAUUACCUCAGACCACCAUCCAUCCACACCCUAUUUUUCCCUUCCCGCCUCCCAAAAACCAAAUUCAACAAAAAUCCUACAUCAUACAUAAUGCCAUAGUAAAAGCUUUGUAAUGUAUUUUUGCGCUAAAGGCGUAUAACGAGAAACAAAACCAGAAACUUAAGAGAAAGAAACAAAUUUUUAUACAUAAACAUUUAUAAAUAGUAAAGCGUAAAGUUGAUUUCUUGUAGCGCAAUUCGAAAAAAAAAAUCACAAUAAGAGUAACAUUUAAUAAUAACGGUUGAUUUUCCCGAAAAUUUUGUAUAAUUAGCGCCAGCGCCGAAGUAUUUGUAAUAAAAGAUAAUAAUAUACAACUUAUAAAAAAUCAUAAAA